AUGUUUAAGAGAGCUAUCAGUCAAUUGCUGCGAUCCAACCAACAGUCUACUAGAACAAUGGCUACAGAAAAUAAGCACUAUCCGAUCAAAAUAGCUGCUGCUGCCCAAGACUCUACUUUGAAAGUCAGCGUCACAUGCUUGAGUGUCAAGAACCCAACUAGAAGCAUUGAGUUCUACAAAAAGCACUUUGGUAUGACCUUUCUUGGGACCAAGGACUACCCAGAUAUGAAGUUCAGUUUGCACUUCCUGACCUUCCCUAAGGAAGUUGCCAAGACCGAGCAAGGCCAGCCUGAAAUCUUCGGCACCAGCGGCGUUCUUGAGCUGGCCCACACCUGGGGCAGCGAAAACGAUUCUGAGUUCAAAAUUUACAACGGGAAUGAAGAGCCACACAGAGGCUUUGGUCAUAUCUGUUUCUCUGUCGCUGACAUCAAGAAAACCUGUGAGAGACUGGAAGCCGAGGGUGUCUCCUUCAAGAAGAGAAUGGCAGAUGGCAGACAGAAGGACAUUGCCUUUGCUCUUGACCCAGACGGGUAUUGGAUUGAACUUGUGCAAUACAUCAAGGACACCGAAGAGGCGCCUCGUAAAGACAUUGGCGACAAGUUCAACCAUACCAUGAUUCGUGUCAAGGAUGCCGAGAAGUCCCUUGAAUUCUACCAGAACGUUCUCGGAAUGAAGCUAAUAAGAAAAUCUGAGCAUGAGAAUGCCAAAUUCACUCUGUAUUUCCUGGCAUACGGCGUGCCCUCCGGCCAAAAUUCUUGGUCGACUGAGGGUGUCGUGGAAUUGACCCACAACUGGGGUACCGAAAACGACCCAGACUUCAAGUACCACACCUGGGACUGGAAGACGCCGGGUUACGGUCACGUUACAAUUAGCUGCAACGAUCCGACCGCUCUUUGUAACGAGAUCGAGCAGCGCUACGGUGAUAAGAUCGGCUGGGGUGUUAAGUUCAACCAAGGCAUGGUGAAGAAUGGCGCUUUUAUCAAAGACCCAGAUGGAUACUCCAUUGAGAUCGUCCCAUCGGACCUGGUCCUGUAG